CAAAGGUCUUUAGAGGUUUCACAGUGUCGUCUUAUUAUCAGACUCUGAACUGCUGUCAGCGGCACCCCCCACAUUCCCACCAUUUCCACCACCAGCCACUUCCCCCCACUUCUUUUACAGUCCCGUGGUGCGUAUAUGUUGCAGAUCCCCAAGAAUCCAUUUGCGCAUUCAAGACGACCAUAGUAGGAAGGGAGACAAUUUAUCGGCAGGGCAAUAAACAGAGAGGAAGGAACAACCGUUGUAUAGCUGCCAGAAACCCCUCCGAUGAGUUUUACAUUGGAGCUUACUUUAUCCUUUCUGCCCUGAAGGGGAUUUUCUGACGCCGCCGCGACUAUUAUAUGUAUGCCUCCAAAAAGAGUUGCCUCCAUCGCCAAAGCAGGAAACAACACAACGACGCAUGAUGACUUUAUUGACAGUUGUAUACAUUUUCAGUUGGAUAUGUUCAGCAAAUGUUCUCGGAGUAAGUGGGGCUGUGUAUCAUUUCCCAAGUCUGCGGCUACAGCGAGAUAAGACGGAGAUAAGCGCGGGACUACCGGCCGGGACGACAGCGCAUCACAGGAACUGGUGCCAGUACACGGUGUCUAAGACCGUGUCGUGCCAGGUGCAGAAUGGCACAGAGACGCUUGUGCAGCGGGUCUUUCAAAGCUGCAGAUGGCCAGGUCCUUGCUCCAACCUCAUCAGCUACCGGACCCUGCUCAGGCCGACCUAUCGGUUGUCACAGCGACGGGUGACUGCCCUGGAGUGGCGCUGCUGCCCUGGUUUCCAUGGAGACGACUGUAGAGAGGAGUGUCUGAACUGCACGGGCUAUUCUGCCAUCAGUGACAGGCUGCGGCUGAUAGAACAGAAGCUUACACAGCUCGACCUGUCCAGAUCGUCCUCCACCCCCCGCUCACCUGAGGUCUCCUCGGGCAAUGAAGUGGGAUCCCUCAACCCCACCCUCACACCGGUGUACAGGGGCGUGUCAGGCCCCAGAGGGCCCCCAGGCCCGGCGGGGCCCCCGGGUGUUGCCGGGCCCCCAGGAGAGACCGGGCUCGCGGGACACCCCGGGCCAAUGGGACCUCCUGGGCCCCAGGGUCCUCGAGGCUACCCAGGAGAGAGGGGCCUUCCUGGGCCACCGGGGCCUCCAGCACCUGCCCCCUCCAACCCCCAGCUACGGGGAGAUGUGUUCGAAAUUAGCACCAGGCAGCAAUAUGAAGACUCCCGCCUGUCUUCCCAUCAGCAUCUCAGGGUGCCACAAGGUCGGCCCGGCCCUCCAGGCCCCCCAGGUCGACCAGGCCCCACUGGCCCCACUGGCCCCCCUGGCUCAGCAGGCAUUCCAGGACUCAACGGAGAGCCGGGCGCCACUGGGAGGGCUGGGCUGCCGGGGCCGAAGGGAGAGCCUGGAGAGAGGGGCUUUCCUGGAUACUCGGGGAAGCCAGGCCUGCCCGGUCCUCCGGGCCCCAAAGGAGAAGCAGGAGACCCUCACCCAGAGGUCGAGGGAAUGCAGCAGCUCAGAGAAGCUCUGAAGAUUCUGGCUGAGAGGGUUCUGAUUCUAGAACACAUGAUUGGCAUCCAUGAUGGCCUAACAGAGCUGGGCUCUGGCCUGGACCUGCUGUCCAACCUCAUGCCCACGGUGGAGACCCUGAGGAGCUCUGGAGGGCUCAGCAGCCUGCUGUUCUCCCGCUCCCCAGGAGAGGAGAGGCCCGGCAGGCUGGAGCGCGUGCGGAGGAGAGGGGAUGAGGAGGACCAGGAGAAACAGCAGCAGCAACAGCAGCAGCAGAAGGAGAAGCAGCCCUAAGCUACUGGGCCACCAGGGUCCAGAGUUGUGUAAAGUACUCUCCCAAAUAGCAUUAUCAUACAGCACUAGUGGAAUGAUAUUACAUAGUUUCCACUUUGUAAUAUCGUACUACUAGUGUUGUAAUUACAUCUGCGAGAGUAACUCUACUGCUACUUUAUACAACUCUGGGGCCAGGGGAAGACUAAUUGGACUGAGUAGAUGCAAGGCCUUUUUUACACGUAUGCAGAUUUUUAAAUGGAUAUGUUUUUAUCUGUUUACAUAUACAUAUACAGUAUUUUGAUCCCAGUUUACUCGGCAGGCGGAUAAAGACAAAUAAAAUGUGAUAGGUGCAUUUUAGAAAACAGAUGCACGAAAAAUAUCCAUAUACGUGUAAAACAGGGUCUGAGUAAGGUGCUGUUUCCACGUAGCAGGGUAUUUUUUUCUCCUGUUGAGGUGUAAACGCAACAUGUGGAUAAAAAUAAAUCCUCCAUUGUAACAAAUGCGUUUCAGCCCCCUAAACAGGAUAUUUUUUUCUCCUGCUUUUUAUACCUGGAUUUUAAAUAUCUGCUACGUGGAAACGGAAGGCCAAAACCAAUGCAAAACCAAUGCAACCAGGAGAGAAAAAAAAUACAUGUAAAAAUAUCCAGCUACAUGGAAACAGCACCAAAAAGUAAAAAGUCAUGCCAGAUAUUCCUUCUGCCUCAGGUGAUUUCACUAAUUAGUUCAUCAACAUGGAUAAUUAGGAACAGCUGAGUCACUGAAUUGGCAGAAGCAAAUAUAUGACAGCGUUUUUACUUUUUGAACUCUGGAUUUUUGCCCCUGUCCAACAUUUUGGUGUAUCAACCCUCUCUGGUGCUCCUCUAUUGAAAGAACUUGGGAUGGUCCUAAGUCUUAUUGAAUAGAGGCAAUCCGAAAAAUGGACUUCAUAUUCUGUGACAAUCAUUUCUGUUUUUGUAACUAGGUUGUGUAUUUUAUAAUUAUGAUUUUUUUAUACAUGAAAAUGUAAGUGGCUCAAUGAUAUUUUUGUGAUAAUGAAGUUACUGUACAUCAUGUUGAACAUGUUGACAAACCCCGAAGAUUUUGUAUGUAGCACUUGUCAUCAAUUCUCUCUGGAGUCUAAUAUCGACAAAACGCGAAUUAAGUAAGCAGAAGAACCAAAAGUCAUUAUUUGUCUGUGGAGAGACGUGGGUGAAUUGAAUUGGGCGACCAGAGCAAACUUCAUGGUGAUGAACAAUGUCAAGGUUAGUUGAAAACGAGCCAGAUUCCCCCUAUGAUGAACUAAAUCGAAUGAAACAAAUUCAUGGCAAAUCUUCUUCAUAGUAGCCAUAUCCUCCUAGUUCAGAAUGGCUGAAUUGAGAAACAUUUACUGGAGGGACGGGUGAUCUUAUUUUACCCAAUUGCUAUCUCAUUUUACCAUAAAAUAUUUGGUCAUGACAUAGGAAAAAACGAUUAUUGGUGGGAGGGAUUAACUGCAUUUUAGUUCACCCCUACCACAUUCGCUAAUUGGCUGGUCGUCUGGUAUCAACUUAGAAUUAAACGUAGUGUUACGGAUGGAAUUACAACACUAGUAGUCUGAUAUUUUAUAGUUGCAACCUUGUAGUAUCAUACUACAGUGCUUGUGUUGUAAUUACAUCUGUAACAGUAGUUCUACUUCUACUUUAUCCAUCUCUGUUCCCGGAAA